AGAGUAAUUUUAAUAAAUGUAUGCGUACCAGUGUGGUUCUACUUGUGGGAAACAAGGAAUCAACUUGAUUUAUUUAUGCAUUACACCGAAAGGAAUGCUAAAUUUGUGGAACAUCAAUAGAUUAAAUAUGUAAAUUUUUAAACAGGGGGGUACUUUUAAAAAAUUCGAAGAAUAAAAAUUAUCAUAUUUAAAUUAAUAAAUUAAUUUCUUUAAAAAUAAAUAUUUUUUUUUUCCAAAUUUACGGAAAGGGCGCGUUAUUAUAUAGCUGCGGCAUAUAUACUGCGUUUUCUGGGACCAAAAACCGGCCUACGCUGAAGCCGGGCGCUGGAGUUUGGAGGAAGCGGCACUAUGGCGGUAAACUUAGACAAGGAAGCGUAUUACCGCAGGAUCAAGCGGCUGUACGCCAACUGGAAGAAGGGGGAAGAUGAAUUUGGAAAGGUGGAUGCUAUCGUGGUGUCAGUCGGAGUCGACGAGGAGAUCGUCUAUGCCAAGUCUACUGCCCUGCAGACUUGGCUCUUUGGUUAUGAGCUGACGGACACCAUUAUGGUUUUCUGCGAGUCUAAGAUUCUCUUCAUGGCCAGCAAGAAGAAGGUGGAAUUCCUUAAACAGGUGGCUGUCACAAAAGGCAAUGAGAAUGCCAAUGGGGUACCUCCCAUAACCCUACUUAUUCGAGAGAAGAACGAGAGCAACAAGGCCAACUUUGAGAAGAUGUUGGAGGCCGUUCACGCAAGCAAGGAGGGGAAGACUGUUGGCGUCUUCAUCAAGGACAAGUUUCCGGGGGAGUACAUGAAGAGCUGGAAUGAUAUGAUCACAGCAGAUGGCCUACAGAAAGUGGACAUUAGCACUGUGGUGGCCUAUACCAUGGCGGUGAAGGAGGAUGGGGAGCUGGCUCUCAUGAGGAAGGCUGCCGGCGUUACUAGUGAGGUCUUCAACAAGUUCUUCAAGGAAAGAGUGAUGGAGAUUGUGGACGCGGAUGAGAAAGUACGUCACAACAAACUAGCAGAGUCUGUGGAGAAGGCCAUUGAGGAGAAGAAGUACCUGGGGGGUGCCGACCCAUCCACUGUGGAGAUGUGCUACCCCCCCAUAAUCCAGAGUGGGGGCAACUACAGCCUCAAGUUCAGCGUGGUCAGUGAUAAGAACUACAUGCACUUCGGGGCUAUCACAUGCGCCAUGGGGAUUAGGUACAAGUCGUAUUGCUCCAACCUGGUGCGCACACUGAUGGUGGACCCGCCGCAGGAGAUGCAGGACAACUACAACUUCCUCCUGGAGGUGGAGGAGCUGUUGCUGAAGGAGCUUCGCCAUGGAGUGAAGUUCGGCGACGCGUUCAACGCCGUGGUGGACAUGGUGAAGAAGGAGAAGCCGGACAUGGUGGCGAAGCUCACCAAAAACCUGGGGUUUGCGAUGGGCAUAGAGUUUCGGGAGGGGUCUCUCGUCAUCAACAGCAAGAACCAGUAUAAGUUAAAGAGAGGCAUGGUGCUGAGUGUAAGCUUGGGGUUAUCCGACCUGAUCAGCAAAGAGGGCAAGAAGGAUGAGCAGAAGAAGUACGCCCUGUUCAUUGGAGACACAGUGCAGAUUAAUGAGGAGGAACCUGCCACUAUUCUCACCCCAGUUAAAAAGAAGAUCAAGAAUGUGGGAAUUUUCUUAAAGAAUGAGGAUGAAGAGGAGGACGAGGAAGACGUAGACGACGCAGAUGAGCUCCUCGGCAGGGGAGCCAGGGCGUCUCUGCUCACUGACAGAACUCGGAAUGAAAUGACAGCGGAGGAAAAGAGGCGGACCCAUCAGAAAGAGCUGGCCAGUCAGAUGAACGAGGAGGCCAAACGACGUCUGACAGAGCAGAAGGGGGAGCAAAUGAUCCAGAAGGCACGGAAAUCGAACGUGUCUUAUAAGAACAUCUCUCAGAUGCCACGGGAGCGAGAGAUUCGAGAGAUGAAGCUCUAUAUCGAUAAGAAAUACGAGACCGUGAUCAUGCCGGUCUUUGGCAUCCCCACUCCCUUCCAUAUUGCAACCAUCAAGAAUAUCAGCAUGUCUGUGGAAGGAGACUACACGUACCUGAGGAUCAACUUCUACGUCCCUGGCAGCUCCCUCGGUCGCCAUGAAGGCAACACCUUUCCAAAUCCUGACGCCACCUUUGUAAAGGAGAUAACAUAUCGGGCCUCGAACCUGAAGACACCUGGCGACCCAUUGGUGCCCUCCACCAACCUGCAGAAUGCCUUCCGCAUCAUCAAGGAGGUGCAGAAGCGCUACAAGACCCGGGAGGCCGAAGAGAAGGAAAAAGAGGGCAUUGUCAAGCAGGACUCGCUGGUCAUCAACCUCAACCGCAGUAACCCCAAGCUUAAGGACCUCUACAUCCGGCCCAACAUCGCCCAGAAGCGGAUGCAGGGUUCCUUGGAGGCACACACCAAUGGGUUUCGGUUCACCUCUGUGCGUGGGGACAAGGUAGACAUCCUGUACAACAACAUCAAACAUGCCAUUUUCCAGCCCUGUGAUGGGGAGAUGAUCAUAGUCUUGCACUUCCAUCUCAAGAAUGCUAUCAUGUUUGGGAAGAAGCGUCACACGGACGUGCAGUUCUACACGGAGGUGGGCGAGAUCACUACGGACCUGGGCAAGCACCAGCACAUGCACGACCGCGACGACCUCUACGCCGAGCAGAUGGAGCGGGAGAUGAGGCACAAGCUCAAGUCUGCCUUCAAGAACUUCAUUGAGAAGGUGGAGAACCUCACCAAGGAGGACCUGGAGUUUGAGGUGCCCUUUAGAGACCUGGGGUUCCAGGGUGCCCCCUACAGGAGCACUUGUCUACUGCAGCCCACCUCCAGCGCCCUGUCUAACGUAACAGAAUGGCCCCCGUUUGUUGUUACUCUGGAUGAGGUGGAGCUGGUGCAUUUUGAGCGAGUGCAGUUCCACCUGAAGAACUUUGACGUGGUAAUUGUCUACAAGGACUACAGUAAGAAGGUCACAAUGAUCAACGCCGUACCUGUCAAUUCACUGGACCCAAUAAAGGAGUGGCUCAAUUCAUGCGAUAUCAAGUACACUGAGGGUGUCCAGUCACUGAACUGGACGAAGAUCAUGAAGACCAUCGUCGAUGACCCUGAGGGCUUUUUUGAGCAGGGCGGCUGGUCGUUCUUAGAUCCUGAAAGUGAGGGGAGUGGGGAGGAAGGUGAAGACUCUGAAUCGGAGAUGGAGGAUGAGACAUUCAAUCCCUCGGCGGAUGAGGAUGCAGAGGAGGAAGAAGACAGUGAUGAAGACUAUUCCUCCGAGACUGAGGAUUCUGACUACAAUGCAUCUCUGGGCAGUGAAGAAGAGAGUGGGAAGGACUGGGAUGAGCUGGAGGAGGAGGCCAGGAAAGCUGACCGAGAGUCCAAUUAUGAAGAGGUGGUUGAGACAACGAACAGGAAGAGGAAAGGACGAUCGACCGCUCCACCCCCCAGCAGUAAGAAGAAGAGGAGGCGCUAAGACCCCCAGGAGGCUACAUCAAAUGGAAUCUGUAUAUAUACAACACAAAUUUGAGGAAUCCUUAAAACGUGUAAUCCUGCCCUAGGAUACGCACUUGGUAAAUUUUACGAUGUCAUUAAGAUGCUUACAAAAUGUGGUGGAAUUCCAUCUUUCUCCAUUGCUCUUAUUUUAUUCCUCAUUUGUCCCUGUCCCGGC